AUGCGCGAGGAAGGUAGUACACGCUGCGAUACAUCGUGCGCCACCAAAGAGCAUGAGUCAAUGACGGAAUAUGUGCAAUCUAACGCCCCCCUUGUCUUUGAAACCGGAGACUGGGAUCUCCCUACCGCCCCUCAACUAUUCGCAGAACUACACUAUUCCAAUAUGAGUAUCGUAUCAAAAUUUCUCUAUCUUGCGAUGCUUGUCACGCUGGUCAUAGUGAUCUCACUCCGGUUGCUUGCAUCUUGCUCCACCUUCCUGGCACCCUCCAGCGCCGAAUACCUAGGCUUGUAUCAACAGCCCACUGAGAGGCAGUUCGUCUUGAUUCUGCCAUUACAUUCACAACAUCGUUUCACCCCUGUCGCUAGCCUUUAUGUUAAAGGCCCUUUAAAGGCCGCACCAUCGCCCGACUUCUGCGCCUUUCCGUCACCGAGACAGACAACAUUGGAGCGCCGCGUACCCCGGAGGAGACGAAUCAGCAGCAGCGAACAUAUUUUGAGCUUCUCAAGAUAUGGUUGGACCGAUGGAGCCACGACUGAGAUAUUGCCUGAUGAGAUUGCACGCAAGCAGCCACAAGAUGAGAGUAGUCCACCUGUCAAUUCGCAUGCCACCAAUUUCGCAACACAGAGAUCGCAAUCUCCUGAUAAUAAUGGGCGUAUUACACGAUGGCACGAUAUCUCGAGGAGCUCGAGUUCAGUGGAUAAAACGGGAUUUCUCUCAAAAUUGACAUGUCAACCCUCCACGUCAAAGCAUGCAAAGCAAAAUCCAAGAAUUCGAGUUUUAAAGCUCCUGAGAAAGGAUCCAAUACGGUCAGACCAAGUACCCACCACCAUCCGACCCCUACCGCAGUGUAUCAAGUCAAGUAAACUACAACAACUCACUUCAAAGGCUGUCCAACGCAUGCCUUCUGCCAUUCGGAUCCGCCGAACCCAAUCUGCACCACGAAACGUAGCAGAGAAAGCCACACAGACGGCAAAAGCCUUACAACCGCGACGCCAUUCAUCGGAUCCCUCCACCAGAAGGUCCUUGACCCCUCAUUGCGCAAUUCCCCAGAUCCGCCGGAUCUCUGCCACACCAGCUGCCAGCAACUGCCAGUACGCUUCCACGACUGGUUCGGUACGUGGCUCCGGCCGCAGUGAACUUUCACCCACUCAUGAGCCCUUUGAAGAAGCUCGACGUAACCAGAUUGAACUCUGGCAAUCCAAAGCAUUGUUUCCGCCGCAGCAAAUGAAGAACACACCGCCCCCAUCUAUUCGAUCGUUCACUAGUUCCUUCAAGACAAGGCGGCAUACUUUACCGGUGGGCUAUCUCAACCGCGUCAAUUCUCACGAUCACGCUUCUGACAAGACUGAGGACCUGGGCGUUGCAGGGAAGGGGGUUUGCGCGCAAGAUUCGCUAGUGAAUAAUUGUCCUCAAUUGCCCAUGGCUUCGAGUACUAUGCCGUAUGGUGACGAAGAAGACUCCAGCGACAGUGAAUUGGGGCUACUGAAGAAGCGGAAGAGUAUAUUGAUUCCAGAUAGAUCAGAAAGCAGUGCCAUAGCAAAAUUGUUUGGCGCCCAGGGUGGAGGGUCACCUCGUCCAUAG